AGAUAUGCUUUGGUAGAGAGAUGGUGCUAGGAUGGUUAUUAGAGUGUACAAUCUCCAUGACAACCAGUCAAUCAGCCUUCACCUUCCUUUACUGAUUGGCGACAUAGACUAUACCACAUCAGAUGGCACCAUCAUUGUUAUCAACACCUCAAUCCAGCCCUGCCAGCCAAUUAAAUGGCCAGUCGUGGAGGGAGCAUUUAAAGUACUGGUCAAGUUAAAAGUUGGAGAAAAUGUCAUUCGUCUCAUUCAUGAGUCUCAGGUUCUGGUUUUGACCCUCACUCGGUACAUUCCGGAGAUCCCUCUUUUUGUCAGACCUGUGUAUAUCAUUUGUAGUGAUGAUGAUGGGAACUUUCAAGGCCCCGAGGAUGAGGAUUGUUCUGUUCUCAGUGCGGUAGACAGGGUGACACUAGCUGCUAUGCUAGUCCAAACUUUUACGGCAGAAAAAUUAAACGAACAUGGCUUUGGUUAUAAAACUUUUCAACUUGAAAUGGAUCAAGAUUAUGAACCAUUCUGUCAUAUCUUUAGAAGUCAGUUGACUCUAGAAAGAGCUCAGUCAAUGACAGGGAAUGAACUCUGGACACAUUUUGCUAAAGAAUUAAUGAUGUCUAAUUUUACUCAGAAAGAUUGUUGUAAAUGGUUUUGUUUUAUGUCUUUUACUCGAUAUUCUCUACCAGAAAACACUGAACCUCCCAGAUCUCAUGGAGAUAUCCUGAAGCAGACAAAGGGCCAUGCUGCUCUUGGUGGAGGAGGGCUGGCUUUGUUUGGUACCGCUAACCUACACACCUGGGCCAGGAGUAUUGAAGAAAUACAUCAAAGAUUUACAGAUGUUCGUAAAAUUGACAGGAAAAAAUAUAUGGAUGACAGUGCAUAUAGGGAGUAUCACUGGGCCAACUAUGCAACAGGCGUGGGGGCAGCUUUACAUGAGUUGGGACACACUUUUGAUCUUGCUCAUACUCCAUCUGGGGUCAUGGCUCGAGGCUUUGAUGACAUUAAUAGGGUGUUUAUUGUCCAGAGGUACAAGUCUAAACAACAGUCAACUCAGGAGAGGAGCAUUAGUGAGGACAGAAGCAGUGUCUGCAGCAUAGAGUCAGGCAAAGACACAACAUCAAAAGCAGCAUAUACAACAAAUUCUACAAGUUAUCAAAAUCCAGUUAAAAAAUACAAUAAAACAGGAACUAAAUGCUACAUUGCCCCACCACCAUUAGUUGUUAAUGUAGAGUCAAAUUUCAAGCCCUUAGUUCCUACAAGUUUGACAUUCAGUUCUCGGAAUUAUGAUGGGACAGAACGGCACCAGAUGAUAUCGGACCAGAUAGGAUGCGAAAUCGUCACUGACCUGUUACUAGGAGUGGAUGGUCGAGUGCUGGCUAAAACUCAGUGUAGAAGGGAGAAGAGCAGUUCCUGUUCCUCUACAAGCUCCGCCUCCUCCCCACCCUCACCCCUCUCUACCACACCUAUGACCCUGCCCAAUUCUCCCGAGGAACCACCCACUCAACAGCUGUCAUUUACAGAUGGUGGCGCCCACUGGUAUCGCUCCUCUGCGGUGCUGCUCUACUUCCACAGAUGGUUCAACAAAAGUAAUCCAACAAAUCAGGGGAAACAGCCAGAAAUAUCAGGAAACAUGGUGAAAUCCAGCAAUGGUCUUAGAUUGGUGGAGCUGAGAUCUUUACCUCAGGGUGAAGUGUUCCAUUUCUGGGAGUUUAUUCAGGACACACCCCCAACUGUAUUUCAUCUGAGAACCACACACAUCAGGAAUCUCCCCCUGGGGGCAUCAUUUGUUACAGUAUUUGUCGAGGAUACAUAUGGCAAUAUAGCUAAAGGGAAAGUUAGCGUAGAAGAUUUCUCUAAGUAGUUCCUAGUUAGCAGUAUAUGUUUGAAUCAUAGGAAGUGAUUGUUGUGUUAU